AUGGAGACCCAGGGAGCCAGCCUCUUGCUGGGGCGCUUGUCAUUGUGGCUCCUGCUGCUGGGACUAGUGGUGCCCUCGGCCAGCGCCCAGGCCCUCGGCUACAGGGAGGCCGUGCUUCGUGCCGUGGGUCAGCUCAACGAGCGGUCCUCAGAAGCUAAUCUCUACCGCCUCCUGGAGCUAGACCCUGCACCCAAUGAUGAGGUCGACCCAGGCACCAGAAAGCCCGUGAGCUUCACGGUGAAAGAGACCGUGUGCCCCAGGACCACCCAGCAGCCCCCGGAGGAGUGUGACUUCAAGGAGAAUGGGCGGGUGAAACAGUGUGUGGGGACAGUCUCCUUGGAUCCGUCCAAUGACCAGUUUGACAUAAACUGUAAUGAGCUUCAGAGUGUCAGAUUUCGUCGACCAUUCCGACGUCCACGAAUCCGAACAUUUCCCCCACCGUUCUAUCCACCCUUUAGAAGAUUUCUUGGUAGACGGUGA